AUGCCUUCCUUCCCCUGCGUGUUUUCCUUCACUCCUUGUCAGCCGAGCAGUUCUGAACUCAUGGUGUCCGAUGGCGACAAAGCUGGUGCCACACUAUUUUUCUCUGGUGCGUUUUGUGGGCUAGUAGGAAUUACAUUCACCGUGAUGGGAUGGGCAAAAUAUGAAAGGGUCACUCGCUUUGAAUGGACUCAGUUGCUUGGGCCUGUUCUGUUUCCAGUAGGCGUGACUUUUUUGCAGAUUGCUGUGUGCAUGUUUAAAAUGAUUGCUUGCAAAUCAUGCAGCCCAAGUGAAGGAAGCGCAUCUGACAACAGGCCAGACUCCUAUUGGACAUCCGUUGUUUUCACUGGGAUUAGCCAGCCUAUAAACUUCCACGUUGCUACAGUACAUCCCUCCUUAUUCAGCCAGGAAGGUAUCAGCAUGAAUUCUCCUAAUGCUCAUCAAGUAUUGAGUCAUCCUGAAAUUCUUCCAUUCUCCGGGCUACUAAUUCCCGCUUUGAGCCCUCCUUGUUACUAUAAUGUCAACCCCGGCCUGGACAACUCUGCUUUUUCUGCAGGUGAGAAUUACUCUGCUUAUCUUCCUGCAGAAACCAGAAUCGGAAGGUCAACUGACAGUCUCCAAGAACCUGGAGAGAUGCUGAAUGAAGAUCUUAACAAUGACAUCUCACCCCCACCAUAUGAGAUACUAUUUCCAAAGUGGUCUUAA